AUGCCGGGCGGCUCUUGCCCAGCACCGCAGCAGCAGCAGCAGCAGCAGCAGCGACAGCAGCAGCAGCAGCAGCAGCAGCGACAGCAGCAGCAGCAGCAGCAGCAGCAGCAAACUGCCGGAAUUUGUGUUUACGGAGGACACCGCGCUCUGCUUCAACGCCCUUGGAGGCCUUCCAGGCCCUUAUGUGUCAGUUCUAGGGACAAAACUGCGUACGCCCUGACCAGCAUCUGCAUUGCAGACUCAAGCGGCGCUUUGCAUCUUUUCGAGGGCCGCUGUGACGGGUCAGUGGUAGAGCCGCGAGGGAAGACAACAUUUGGCUGGGACUGCAUCUUUGAAGAGAAAAGUUCCAAAAAGACUUUCGGGGAAAUGACGACGGAAGAGAAGAGCAGCGUCUCCCACAGAGGCCGGGCAAUGAAGCAGCUAAAAGGUUUGAGUCCAGCGAGUCACUGGAAGGGGAUCAGCCAGCAGCUGCCCGUCUACUACCUGCAGCAGCAGUAG